CACCACAAGGGGAGUUUUGGUAUAGCUCUUAAAAAGCAUCAGAAGCGUCACUCUGUUGAUAGGAUUCACAAGUGGAAAUCCGCGCUUACUGAAGUGGCAGAUCUAUCAGGUUACCAUUUGGAACACACGAAAGAAGAGUUUCAAAUGCAUAAUUAUAGAAGAUAUGGGAAGAAAUGUCAUUCGUGAAGAAUCCAAACAUGCCCGAGUCAGGCUCUUGCACUUGGAUCAAGAAGAAGCAUCUCAAGUUUUUCCAAAUCAAGGGGAAAUGGAUAAAAUUGAUGGACUGAUUAUAGAUUGUACAACGUCUAUAAACAAAUACUGCAAUGGAGAGCUAUUUGAAAGAUUGCCAAACAUAAAAUUAUUGAAAUUAGUUGAUGUGUAUCAUAUCAAAGGUAAUUUCGAAGUUUCAUUUCAUCAGUUGAGGUACAUCAGUUGGCAUGGCUGUCCUUGGACCCAUUUACCUUAUGGUGUUCAUCUACAAAAGCUUGUUGUUUUAGACAUGCCAUUCAGCAGAUUUGAUAAAUUGUGGAAGAUUGCCGAGUUGCCAUGUUUGCGUCAUUUGAAUUUGGAAGGAUGCAAAUACUUGAAGGAAUUGCCCCACUCAAUUGAAAAGUUGACUGCUUUAUACCAUUUGAAUCUGAAUGGUUGUGUGAAUCUAAAACGACUUCUCAAACCCAUCACACAGUUGACUACUCUGAGUCGUUUGAAUAUGAGGUUUUGCAGCAAUCUGAGACUAUUGCCCGAUCAGUUGGGCGAUUUGAAAGGCUUAAAGAGGCUUGAUCAGUUGGGAGAUUCAAUUGCUCACUUGAAGAAAUUAGUUUAUUUGAAGUUGGAAGGUAGCAAGCAGCUUAGAAAGUUACCUGAGCAAUUUGGGAACAUGGAAGGCUUGGAGGAAUUUAAUGCAUGUCACAGUGGAAUCGAACAAUUGCCAGACUCAUUUUCAAACCAGCUUAAAUUGAGAUCUCUGAAUCUGAGAGGAUGUUCAGAGAUGAAGAGAUUGCCUGAGCAGUUGGGGAAGAUGCAGUCUCUAGAAUCGCUUUAUGCUUUUAAUACAGCAAUCGAAGAAUUACCGGAUUCUAUUGGAUUACUUCCUAGGAUACAACGGUUGCAUUUUGAUGAAUGCCAUAAGCUAACAUAUGUUCCGAAUAGCAUCUGCAAUCUUAAAUCACUCGCAAGCUUAUAUCUUACCACCCGUGAGGACAUAAUAAAAAUUGAUUUGACUGAGGCCAUGAAGGAUAUGAACUUGGAGGACCUGCGUCUGAGUUGUAAUAUAAGAGUUUGGUUGCCCAUCAUUCUAAGUUUUUCUUCUCUGACAUAUUUACGCCUCCGUGAUGAGUGCGGGAGUCCCUCCCCAACCAAACCCUUUAGUUUUUCUAAGCUUUCCAACCUUGACGUACUUUCUUUGACUAACAGUUCAAGUCACGGCUCCUCCUUUCCCGAACUACCACCAAAUUUAAUAUUGUUGGAGGUAGACAACCACGCUUCACUAGAACAAGUACCUGAUUUGUCUUACCUCGAACACUUGAAAGAAAUUUCCAUAAGGAGAUGCUGCAGCCUUCAAUCUGUCCAGAAACUUCCACCUCAUCUUUCAAGCCUUACAGUUACAGAUUGUACAAGCCUACAAGAGUUUCCAGUUCUGUCAAUGUUGAGAGAUUUAGAACUACUGGAAGUUACUGGCAACGGCAGCAAUUUAAAAGUCAAUUUAAAGGAAAAUCACCUUCAGCUAAUUAGAAGAGACUGGGGGUCUACAUUUGGAGCAACUCUACAAAACAAGGAAAUAGCAGAGUGGUUCGACUAUAAAAACAGGGGAGGGUGCACACUAUCUUUUCAUGUUCCCCCAAACUUGGGAGAUCACUUCGUGGGUGUCGCCUUCUGGGUUGUUUAUAAAUGCUCCUAUGAUGGAUGGUCAGCAGUUGAAGCUGUUAUUACAAAUAAAAGAGAGGGCAUGACAACUGCCUCGCACAGCAAGGGUAUUAAUUCUGGCAGAAAGGGUGACGUGCUAUCAUUUAUACAUUGCAUAAGGGCAGAGGACAUCUCAAUGAAGAGCGGAGACAAAAUUAUGAUUUCUUAUCCUGACGGAGAAGUGAAUAUGUGCGGGGUUCACAUACUAAAAUAGCCUUCCACGAAGAGCCUAGCGACAGAGCCAAGUAAAAUGUUGUAUAAUUUGAUUUUGUAAAGAAAGUGUUGAAUAGUUAGAGCAUCUCCAACCAUUGAAAACCCUUGGCUAAAAAGUGAGUUGGCAUACUUAAAAUAAAAAAAUUUAGCCAACAGCUCGAAAAACUCAACUCCAACCAUGCUCCGCUGUUGUCUAUAAAUUUAGCCAACCUCCUAUGGAUGGCUAAAUUUGUUGAACCUCUACAGGUCUGUAAGAAAAUCUGUAGGAAGAUUGCAUAUCAUUUAUUACCAUAUUGAACUGAUAUAUUCUAUUUUAACAAUCUAAAAUAUUAAUAACAUACUAUUUUUAAAUUAU